GCAGCGUUCGCAUCGUUUUUACCCAGUCGUAUCACAAACAGCAGCACCAUGUCGUCCAGUGAGAUUUAUCGCUACUACUACAAGACUUCCGAGGACUUGCAGGGCUUCAAGACAGCCGCCACCGAGACGUACUUCAAUCCCAUGGCGGCCUACAAUCCCGGGGUGACCCACUACCAAUUCAAUGGCAACACGUUGGCCAGCAGCAGCAACUACUUGUCGGCCAAUGGCUUCAUCAGCUUCGAGCAGGCCAGCUCCGAUGGCUGGAUCUCCUCCUCGCCGGCCAGCCACCGUUCCGAGAGUCCCGAGUAUGUGGACCUGAACACCAUGUACAAUGGAGGCUGCAACAUGGCCCAGAACCAGCAAUACGGAAUGGUAAUGGAGCAGGCAGUGGUUCCGGCAGCUCCUGCCAUUCCAGUGGCCAGUCCUCCAGCAGUGGAGGUCAUGGGCUCCUCCAAUGUGGGCACCUGCAAAACAGUGCCUGCUCCGGCGGCCUGCCCGAAACCCAAGCGCAGCUAUACCAAGAAGAACCAGUCGAACAGCACCGCCACCGCCACUUCCUCCGCAUCCUCGCCUCAGGUACCGGCUCCAGUCAAUCUCUACACCGAGGAGUUCCAGAACUUUGACUUCGACAACUCCGCCCUGUUCGACGACAGCGUGGAAGACGAUGAGGACCUCAUGCUCUUCAGUGGCGGCGAGGACUUCGAGGGCAACGAUGGUUCCUUCGACCUGGCCGAUGGUGAGAACCAGGACGAGGCUGCCGGGGGCGCUGGAAAGAAGAGGCGUGGCAAGCAGAUCACGCCCGUGGUGAAGAGGAAGCGUCGCCUGGCCGCCAAUGCCCGUGAGCGCCGUCGUAUGCAGAACCUCAACCAGGCCUUCGAUCGCCUCCGCCAGUAUCUGCCCUGCCUGGGCAACGAUCGCCAGCUGUCCAAGCACGAGACCCUCCAAAUGGCCCAGACCUACAUCUCCGCUCUCGGGGAUCUGCUGCGCUAGGAACCCCAUCCACAUUGCCACUCUCAGUUAUUGUUGGAGCUUGCCAAAUGUUGUACCUACUCUGUUUAUGUAUAUAGCCAGGAGCCCAGUAGUGAAUUACCGCUUAAGUAUUAUGCUGUUUAUUGUUUAGUUAAUUAGCCUAAAUGGAAGACAAUGAUUAAGA